CCGCAAAUGCCACAAAAAGGCGGACUGUAAAGUUAUGGGCCAAAAACCACCCCGGCUAAUCGAACGAGCCACCCGCAGAGAGUUUUUGCGGAAACUCUAGAGAGUGAGAGGAGGAGACUGGGGCGGGAAAGAGGAAACCUCUCCAUUCAAUGGACAUCUACUUUGUUUCCAGUUGAAAGACCUGCUCUAGCACUCUGGAUCAACAUCAAAAGGAGUGGCUAAAGUGAACAAGAGAUGGCCAGUAAUCAUAAACCCCCUUCUGCUCGCCCUAUUUCACGAGGAGGAAUUGGGUUGACAGGAAGACCUCCUUCUGGAAUACGGCCUCCAUCAGCAAGUGUUCGAGUGGCAACUGGAAUGCCACCUGGUACAUCAAGACCAGCUUCUCGAAGUGGUACAAUGGGGCCUGGAGGAGUACUGGCCUCUCAAAUAAAAGUUGCAGAUCGUCCAGUAACACAGCAAGGUUUAAGUGGAAUGAAAACUGGAAUGAAAGGUCCCCAGAGGCAGAUUUUGGAUAAAUCUUAUUAUCUUGGGCUACUUAGAAGCAAAAUAAGUGAACUCACAACUGAAAUUAAUAAACUUCAGAAGGAAAUAGAAAUGUACAACCAAGAAAAUUCAGUGUAUUUGUCAUAUGAAAAGAGGGCAGAGACUUUAGCUGUUGAAAUCAAGGAAUUUCAAGGACAACUAGCAGACUAUAAUAUGUUAGUGGAUAAACUGAAUACCAAUACAGAAAUGGAAGAAGUAAUGAAUGAUUACAACAUGCUAAAAGCUCAAAAUGAUCGAGAAACCCAAAGUAUGGAUAUAAUAUUUACAGAAAGACAAGCAAAAGAAAAACAAAUUAGGCGAGUAGAAGAGGAAAUUGAACAAGAAAAACAAGCAGCAGAUGGCAUUAUUAAAAAUAUGUCUCCUGAAAAACAAGUCAAGUAUAUUGAGAUGAAAACUACAAAUGAAAAAUUAUUACAGGAAUUAGAUACACUUCAGCAGGAAUUAGACUCAUUGAAUAUGAAGAAAGAAGGUCUGGAAACUGAAAUAGCACACUCCCAGGUAAAACAGGAGGCUGUACUUCUUUAUGAAAAACUUUAUGAAUUGGAGUCACAUCGUGAUCAAAUGAUUGCAGAAGACAAAAGCAUGGGAUCCCCAAUGGAAGAGAGAGAGCGAUUACUUAAACAGGUUAAAGAAGAUAAUCAGGAAAUAGCAGGCAUGGAGAGACAAUUAACAGACAUAAAAGAAAAAAUUAAUCAAUUUAAUGAAGAAAUUCGGCAGCUUGACAUGGAUUUAGAGGAGCACCAAGGUGAAAUGAAUCAGAAAUACAAAGAGCUGAAGAAAAGGGAAGAAAACAUGGACACCUUUAUUGAGACAUUCGAAGAAAUGAAGAAUCAGGAACUAGAACGUAAGGCACAGAUAGAAUCCAACAUCGUUACACUGUUGGAGCACUGUAGUAGAAAUAUAAAUCACAUGAAACAAAUAUCCUCUAUCACUAACCAAGAACUGAAGAUGAUGCAAGAAGACCUCAAUUUCAAAUCUAAUGAAAUGCAGAAAUCACAAAGUACAGCCAGAAAUUUAACUUCAGAUAGUCAGCGUCUCCAGUUGGAUUUACAGAAAAUGGAACUCCUGGAAAGUAAGAUGACUGAAGAGCAAACUUCUCUAAAAACUAAAAUUCAGCAAAUGACAAAAGAUCUGGAAACGUACAGUGAUUUGCCAGCUUUGAAGUCAUCAGGUGAAGAAAAGAAAAAGAAACUCCACAAAGCAAGAACAGCAUUAUCAAAACGCAGAAAUACAUAUAAGAAAGUAAUGGAGAAACUAAAUUGCGAGUAUGAGACAUUAAAGACUCAACUGCAAGAAAAUGAGACUCAUUCUCAGCUUACAAAUUUGGAAAGGAAAUGGCAACAUCAUGAGCAAAAUAACUUUGUGAUGAAAGAAUUCAUUGCAACUAAGAGUCAAGAGAGUGAUUAUCGGCCAGUUAUGAAGAAUGUGACUAAACAGAUUUCAGAGUACAAUAAAAUCAUUGUGGACUCCCUCCACAACACCAGCCGAAACUGAAUCCAAACUUACUUCGGUGGCCAACAAGUACUCCCCAUACCUGUACUGCUAAGCUAAGAACAAGUUGACUUAUAGAAGACACUGAAAAGGAGAAAAAUAUAGCCUGUCUAUGUAUAGUUAUAAACUACUAUUGAUGAUCUGUUUAUUUAAGUGAAUCCUUGAGAGUACCAUAUGUCACCCUAUUUUUGAAAGCAACAUGCCAAGAGAACUUUUGAAAAUAUAUGGAUUAGUUAUUAAGGUGGUUUUUCCCUAAAAGGAAAAUGUUUACUUUGUCAUGACCUAUUUUAUAUUCAAAUAUAUCUAUAAUAUGAUAACAUAGUACAAUAAAUAGUUGAUAUUUUAAAACUUCCCUCUCUUUGUCAACUAUUUAAUUAAUCUCAAUGUGUUUUCCAUCCAGUUUUUCAAUAAAAAGCAAACAUUUUUAUCAAUCAUAUAUAUAAUUAAAUGUACUAAUAGAAGCAGUAUUUUAUAGCUUUGCCUUUUUGAAGAUAAAAAAUGGGUCUUUAUAAAGAGAACUGAGAAUUAUCACAGCCCUUCAGUCAUUCAAUCUGGUGAUUGAAAGUGCAUUUAUGCACAUUUUUGUGUGUGUGUGUGUGUGGCAGAAUUGCCUCCUUGUAUAGAUUAGGAAUGUGAGGGCUAGACCAGAUCAGAAAACUGAGAAUGGAUUACAAAGGCAAGACUGGGAGAUACAGGAAAAAAGAUGAAGUAAAGACAGGGCCUGAAUACUUUCAAACCUCUUAUCACCUUUACUUAUUCCUCCUACAAAUUCCUCUCACUCUCCCCAACCCCCACCAUUAAUUCAUACUUCCUCCCAAGACUGGGAUUUUAACUCUUUGGAAAAUUUAAGAACCAAUAUAGAUCUUAUUAAAAUUCAGCAGCUUUUCAUUAGGAAAUACAGAUGGAAAUCAGGAAAAUGAAUUCCAGCAUACUUAAACCAGCCUUAUUAAAAGCACCUUGUCCACUGUGAGCAAAUAACACUUUCAUUAGUUGUGUAGUUUAGAUUAUUAAUUAUCUUGAUUCCCUGUAUAUUUCCUGAGAAGAAAGCAUACUGGCAAUUAUGAUUGUGGGCUAUAAUACUCUUUGUCCUUCCUCAUUUCUUAGGAAAGCCAAAUACAUUUGCCCUUACCCUUCACAUUCUUUUUCUUUAGGUAUUUUUUUUUCAUCUUCCUUUACAAAGUAAGGUCCAAGUUAAUUAUUUUAAAUAUUAAUACUAAGGGUUGUAGUUGGUGAACAGGGCUCACAAUUAUAGAACUUCACAAGAGUUUUGUGCCUUAAAUAGGAGUGAAGCAAUUUACCUAGAAAGUAAGUAAUGCAGAGAUUUCCUUCCCCAUUGUCUAAAAUGAUCUGAUCGUAUCAUUCCUGAUGGGGGAAGCAUAGCAGAGAACAAAUAAUGAAAUCAUUUUCCAAAAUAAUUUUUUAUUAUUAUAUAUCAUUCUUCAGAAAAAUUCCAGCUUCCUCAAAAUUAUUUAAUAUAUAGUACCUAAGGAGCACAACUGAAAAGGUUUUCUUUAAGCAAAAAAAUCUGUUAUUGGAGGAAAAUCCUAAUUAAUGUCUCUUCCUUCCUCUCAGAAUGUUUCAGCAAAUCCAAAAAGAAUACAAUUUGCUCUGAUAGUUAGAGAUUGAUAUCCACAAAAGACAGACUCUUUCUCAGCCAGUCCCAUUGCUCAUUGAGUUCCAUUCACCCUGUAAGUAAUUCUGGAAAGAAGCUACAGAAUGAAUAAACAUGCUAACUGAAAUUCCUUUUCACUUGAUGUAAAGUGAUCCUCUUAAGUCUAUGCUUCCACAAAUGAGUAGCAAUAUGAGAAAAUUGUAAAAGCUCUGUUUUCCUUUUUGUUAUCUUAUGUAAUAAACAUAAUUUUGUUAUUCUCUCUCUUGAAA